CGUACCCGAAAGACGAAGCAGGCAUUGGUGUGGCGCGUGUGGUGCACGUUCAGAACGUAUCAGCCAGCCAGCCCGUCCGAACUGGUCUUCGGUGGGUGUCGGACCCUUUUAUAAUCUUGCUUUACUUGCUCCUCCUUGAGCUUGGCUGCUUUUCAGCUACAGACUUACACAGCGAGACUACGCUGACUUGCCAUGGCUGAGGAAGCUCCACACCCACCACCCACGACCGAAGCAGCACCACCUCCCGCAUCAGACGCGCCACCUGCAGCAGACGCUGCUGCUGCACAUCCGCCCGAUGCUGCAGCACAUCCGCCCGAUGCUGCCGCACAUCCGCCCGAUGCUGCCGCACAUCCGCCCGAUGCUGCCGCUGCAGCCGCUCCGGCGGCGGAGGCUGCUGCAGCCGCUCCAGCAGCGGAGGGUGCUGCAGCCGCUCCAGCAGCGGAGGGUGCUGCAGCCGCUCCAGCAGCGGAAGGCGCUGCAGCCGCCCCAGCGGCGGAGGGCGCUGCAGCCGCCCCAGCAGCGGAGGCUGCUCCAGCUGCUCCAGCCGCUCCGGCUGCUCCGGAUGGCACCAAGAGUCCUGUGCAGGAUGCGGCCGAUAUGCUGCGCAGAGUGCGCCAGGAAGAUGGCAUCCACUACCGCCUGCCGGACACCCCAGAUGACUUCGUUAUUCCUGGCGUUUUGACCCCCGAGACCGAAAUCUACAUCUUUGGCUUGUUCUCGCCACAGAUGGCAACCACCGAGCUACAGUUCCGGGAGACCAUGAAGCGGGACAACGUCUCUGUAUCGGUAUUGAUGACACCGGGCAAAGUGUCGCUCCGAACCGUUGAACACAAGGAGGCAAAGGAAGAAACAAGUGGCGAGGCCCCUUUGACUCCGUCCGAAUCCCUUGUCAUUCGAGCCAAGACAUACGCGAACAGCAUGAAGAUAACGGUCAACGACAAAGAGUUCACGUUCAACGAAAAACCAGAACUUCCCCUUGGCAAGUGCAAGUACUUCUCCGUGUUUGGAGACGCCUUUAUCGCAUCUGUCAGCAUUUUCAAACCCAUAUGGCCGGAUCACUUUUACGUGACCUUGGCCAGUCAUAUCGCUGCGGGCUACCACUUCACAGUCGUAGGAACAGUCGCUCCAGAAGCAGACAAGUGCUCUGUAUGUGUGCUAGCUACACCAGAAAACCACGACCAGACGUUAAUCCAGGUGUCUGCAAUCUUCGAGCCAGAGAAAAAGCUUGUCCGUAACACGAAACAGGAAGGCGUGUGGCUAGAGGAACAAGUAGAUCCUGAGUGCCCGCUCGACAAGGGUCAACCAUUUACCCUUGAUGUGUUCAUUGGAGAAACAGACUUUUCAAUGUCUAUCAACGAUAAACCUCUGCCAGACUACAAGCACAAGGUCUUCUAUGGUCUCGCAAAGUGCAUAUGUAUUGAACGCAACAUUCAAGUGAAGUCCAUUCGAAUCUGCAGUAUCAGUCAUCCCAAGCACUGGAACAAUAAGCCGCCUAAUGUAAAGCAAGCUCAUCUACUCUUCUACAACCAUGAAGUACCAGCGUGUGCCCCAGUUACCUUGCAGACGGGACACUGUGUCUAUGUGCAGGCCACACCGCCGCCUCAUGGCAAAACGUUUAAAGUUGUGCUGUCGAAAGGUGAAGGUGAGGCCGCAGAGGCUGGUCUUGUCAUGGAGGGCAAUCCUGUCGAGAAGAAAGUGUACGUCUACGAUGGGUCUGCAGAGGCAAAGGGCGCAGGAUAUCCAGCCGAAAUUUCCGCGGGGCGGCUCUUCUCUUGCAGGAUUGAUGUGCUUGCAGAGGGAUACAAGGUGUGGGUGAACACCCUGGCGACGAACGCCAACGUGGACCCGUACGACGUGAAGCACCGCGUGCCCAUUGCAGAACUGACUCACCUUGGGGUGUACGGACAAGUGAAGAAAAUCAACGCUCUGUCUGCAGUUGAAGAAAUCUAAACAACACCAGGACUACAAAAUUACCAAGAGUAUAAAUAAACUAAGAUAUGUAAAGCCA